AUGUCGUUGAAUUUACUAUCGAAAGCAUUUUCGAGGUCCUGCAGAGUAUCUACAGCUAGAAACGGCGUUAGAUUCGCCUCAUAUCAGCCAUUAGCAGACUCAAAAGCUUAUCCAUUCUCUAAGCAAGUCAUUGUACCACACGUAGAACCCUCCUCAAUUCCUCCGAAAGAAGCUCCUCUCAAUUUACUUGGAAGACUAAACCACCAGCUCAAAUUCAGCUCAGAAUCGAGGAAGUUCUACCCGUUAUUCAGUCGCAGAGGUCCUAUCAAAUCUAGAAUUCCUCCAAGCUCUGUCAUUUCCGUCACUUACUACACCAACCCAGAGAAAACUCACACUGCGACAUUUGCAGGAGUUCUGAUUGGCGUAAGGAGACGCAACAACGAUAUAUCUAUUAGAUUGAGGAAUGUUAUCAUGCGAUUGGGCGUUGAGCAGAUAUUCAGCCUCGGCAGUGGUUUGAUUAAGGAUAUCCAGGUGUUGAAGAGGGGCAAGAUGCACAGAUCUAAGAUAUACUGGGUCAGAGAUCAGCCUAAGGCUUUACAGAAGAUGGCUAGUGGUAUUCAAUCACGCAAUAAGUAG